ACAUUUUUUGAAAGGUUCGAUGCUUUGUCGAGGACAAAUAAUGUGAGCGAGAAAAGAUGACGGAAGUUGCGCUAGAUUUUGACCCGUUAGCGUUAGAAGUCACCAAUGAGCUAAGUAAUAUCUCAAGGAGUAAAACAGGAACAUGGGAGCAUGAGGAUUUAGCUCAGGUGCGAUACAAAGUUCUGCGAGGUCAUAAAGAAGGCAUCAAUUGUUGUCAGUUUUGUGUGAAUGACACACGCAUCUUGACGGCAGCAGACGAUAAAACAUGCUCCCUCUGGAAUGUGGAAACAGGUGACAGAGAGCAUAAAUAUGAGGGACACCCAACAUGUAUUACCCAGUGCCAUAUGAGCCCUGAUAACACCAAGUUUGUCUCAUCAUGCUGGGAUAAAAGAAUCCGUGUCUGGGAUGUGGAGACGGGACAAAUAUUAUGGACUGGUAUACAGGGAGGUAUAGGAACUUGUUGUCAAUUUUCUCACAAUGGGAAAAUAAUUGCAACAGGCACAGACCUGGACAACUGUUUAACGAUAUGGGAUGCUCAGAAUGGAGCUGCUAUUCAGUCCAACAAAAAACAUCAUGGUAGCUCAAUCACAAGUUGCAAGUUCUCUCCGGAUGACUCAAGAGUGUGUACAACCUCCAUGGACAAAAUCACUAAGCUUUGGGAUGUAGGCUCUAAACAGACCACCAUUAAACUAGGUGGCCACAUCAAUAUCGUCUCCUGUUGCUGCUUCAAUAAAGACGAGCGUCGUCUCUGCACAGGCUCGUGGGAUAAACAGCUGCAGGUAUGGGACGUGUCUACGGGUGUUUAUCGAACAGAAGGGCCCGUCACAUUCAGCAAAGGACAUGAGGGAUCGGUCAGUGCCUGCAAGUUUAGUCAAGAUGGAAGUAUGUUAGUAUCCGGAGCCUAUGACCAGACAGUAGUUGUAUGGGAUGCUGAGAACUGUGGACCUAAGCUGACACUCAAAGGACACUCGGACUGGGUAACAGAUGUUGAUUUUUCUCAGGAUAUGAAAUGGAUUCUCUCCUGCUCACGUGAUCACACGAUACGACUCUGGAAUAUUGAGAAUAGUGAUAAUAUACCAGUGGUGCUUGAGAACAAGAAAAAUAUGGGCCUUAAGAUUGUCAAGUGCAAUGAAUGCGGUAAGCCAUUCUCCAUUUCUCAUCUUGACGACCCUCAGGAGCUCAAGAUGUGUGUUUUCUGUCGUCUUCAAUCCACACGUGCUGCAAUCAACCUCAAUAUAGAUAUUGAAAUGCCAGAAUUUUGAAAAGAAAAAAGGAACUGUUAACUAUUUUAUGCUGGUGUUGCAAGAGUGUUCAUGUAUGUAAGUUUGGAAGAACCAAACUUGGAAAUGUAAAUAUUUUUAAAGAUGAUUUUGGGGGUUGAACAAAGAAUCGACUAGAGUGGGAUUUGA